GAUAUUUCUUCGCAGGUGUCGACGAAACCGUGUAAAGUAGGAGAGCUUGUAUAUAAGAAGCCGGUGUGCGUUUAGAUUUUACUUGUUCUUUUCAGCCUAUACCCUGAGCCUAUUCCUUUCCAAUCGCGCACUACGACACUCUAAAGUAUCCACGUCAUGAGAAGAGCAAUUUGUAAAUACGUGUCCCUGGCGUGCGUUCUCGUCGCCCUCGUCCGUGGCGGGGAGGCAUGUAAAAGUGAUAGAGUGGAAGUUGAGAAGGUGACAGAUGCUUACGGCCUUUCCGAAGGCCCUCACUGGGACCAUCGCACCCAAAAGUUAUAUUUCGUUGACAUAUACAAUCAGUACAUACGCAGGUUAGAUCCUGCAACAGGUGAUGUGAAGAGCGUGCACAUAGAUCACGGGCCUAUUGGAGUUGUUAUACCCGUGGAUGACACGACUGACCAGUUUGUAGCAGGUGCGGGAAAAGAUGUUGUUCUCGUUACGUGGGACGCGGACGAAGAUGAAUUGGGGAACGUCACAGUGUUGUGUUCGCUCGACUCUGCUCAGUCUGACACAAGGGUCAAUGACGGCAAGGUGGACUCGUAUGGAAGAUUUUGGCUUGGUACUAUGGGUAACGAAGUCAAUGGAGUGAUAGCUCCCAAUCUAGGAACGUUGUAUCGCGUUGACGACAAGCUUAAGCCUAUGAAGGAAAUAUCGCCGGUUUCGAUAAGUAACGGAUUGGCAUGGAAUAUUGAAGACAACACCUUCUACUAUAUUGACUCACCUACUCGUCAGGUUGCAGCGUAUGAUUACGAUCCGAAUAGUGGAACAAUAUCUAACAAGAGGAUUGUAUUCAAUCUCAACACUACUAAUUUGCCAGGAGUUCCCGAUGGAAUGACCAUAGAUACAGAUGGCAAUCUUUGGAUAGCAUUAUAUGGUGGACAUCAUGUACCUAUAUAUUCUGGCGCCCGAAAACCAUUAAUAAAUGAAUAUGAAACUGACAAUUUCUUUGGCGACGAUGGAUUCGGAGAUUUUAAUUUUACCAAAAAGAUAACUGCGAAGAUUGACAGGUCGAAACAUGCUUCUGUAUUGCUUGUAGAUUUAGUGAAACGAUAUCCAGGUGAAAUAACUCUAAUCACUCUCGGGCCUCUGACAACAGUUGCUACCGCAAUUGCAUUAGAACCCAAUUUCCUACAUUUAACGAAGCAACAUAUCAUAAUGGGAGCGAGCGUCAAGCCCGAUGAGGUUGAAUUUAAUUUUAAACAGGAUCCAGAAAGUAAUUGGAUGGCGUUAAAUAAUGUCAAUAAACCUAGUAUUAUAUUUCCGAUAGACACAGUAAUGUCCCAUGCUUUUCCACUGGCGGAAUAUAGAAUCCUUUUCAAUGAUCUGGAUAAAUCUACGGCAACCUUUUUGCAUCGGACUACAAGAAAGGCUUUAGAAAAUGCAAAUAACACGUGGCAGCCAGCAGAUGGUAUGACCAUGGCAAUUGCGUUAGAACCAAACAUAAUAACGCGAUAUUAUGACACUAACUUAACUCCGGUACUUGCUGGUGAUGCAAGAGGUGCAAUUGUGAUAAAUUCAACCAGCGAGGUACAUAAUGCAAGAAUUGUACAAUCUAUUGAUAAAGCUGCAUUUAAACGUCUCAUAUUAAAAUAUCUUUCUAAAUGAUUUAAAUUAGGCCAAUUGACUUGAAUUAAGAGAUCAUGUUAUAUA